UCCUAUCACUCCAUCCAAACGGAUUGUAGGAAUACUGUCAACUAUGCUUCGUAUUUUCCUCUAUUUAUUGAAGCUAUAUUGAUUAGGUUCUAAUGAAAAAUUGUUAUAAGCAUUCACAAUUUGCUUCUGGUUGGAUGUGCAGUUCAUUUGUUGGGUUUUACUAUCUCAUUGAUGCUAUUUUUAUGUCUGGUGAGAAGCCCAAUAUGUUAGUAGCCUAUCAAAUACUUUUUCACUUUCCCAUUCUCCUUUCGUAGAUUCUUGAUUUGAAGCAAGGGGAGGUUUCAAAACUACUUAGAGAAUUAAUGCAUGGGCGACGUGCCCGCCCAGGGAAAUAUUCUCCAGCUGUCCAGUUUCAUAUCCAGUUGCUGUCACUGAUACUAGAGGACUUGGGGGAAGACUCUGAAGCAAUUACUCAGAAAAAUGGCAAAACUUCGUGGCUGCAUGCUUUACAGAAGUGUGCCUCCAGAUCGCAGAGUGUACUGAAAAAACUGAAGUUGGAUUUGUUUGGUCGGGAAGCUGAUGAUUAUGAUGGUUUAGACUCCUCACAAAGGCUUAGACUUUUAGUGUUUUUGUGCGAUGAAGUUCUUUGUACUGCACAUGUAAGGAGUUGGAUAGAUGAUCAGAACUUAAAAAUUAUUCAAAAUGUGAAGGAAGCAAAAGAAAAAAAUCUUGCUCCAAAACAAAAGGAGAAACAAUUGAAGCAGAAGAUGCUGGAUGAGGUGGCCAAAGCUAUCAUAGUGAAAAAUGGUGCUCCCCUGUCAAUUUCUGAGCAUGAAGCUGUCGUUUUGCAAAUUAAAACUGAAGUGGCUCAAGCUUGUGCAGAAAUUAUGGAAUCACAAGACAUGGUACCUAAUGGUAUAAAAGGAUCUGCUGCUGUUAGAACUGAACCUAUUCUUUUGGACAUUAACGGACGCACUUAUUGGAAAUUAAAUGGAUAUUCUGACAACUCUAAUGUCCUGCUUCACGAUGUGGGAACCUCGGAUGCUGUUGAGUCGAGUGAAAAAUGGUUCAUCUUUGAUGUUGAACAGGAAAGAAAGAUUGAAGAAUGCAUUUCUUCCCAAAGUGUAAGCAAAGGAAAAGAAGGCCAUGGUCUCGAAAGCUUACUGAUGGACUGUCAUUUAAUAAUUAGCAAAAGCAGACCUGGUUUUAGUCAGUGCAAUCAAGGUGGCCAUGAAAUGAUCAGAGGACUAUUGGCUGCACCAUUCUCUCUUUAGAAAGGCCCAGAAGCUUCCAUGGGAUUUUUGUUGAUUGAAUUGCCCAAAUUUGGGACUUUCAGACGCUGCUUUGUUACAAUGUUGUAUGAUUUUGCUGUUAGAACAUCCAGUUAGACUAUUCUGUCAACUAUGUUACAACCCGGGGAAGCUAUCCUCCAUUGGUAUUUGUACUGUACUGCUUGGUUUUUGGACAAGGAUUGCUAGCUGAUGUCUCUGGUAUUAUAAAUUCACUUUGCCCCAUAGCCAGUGCCUCACUUCUUCUCAUUGAAGACAAACUUUUGCCUAAGAUUCGUAUUUCCAUUUGGAUUUGUCAUUCAUGAGCCGAGCAAGUCGUUUUAAUUUGAAACUUUAGUAAGCUUCAGAAACGGGUGCUUGAUUUGUUUGUCAAUUUUAAACAAACUUUAAUCGGCCUCACAAGAAGUGCAGUUUCUCCCCCUAUUUGGUC